GUCUUGAGCAAUGUUGUGCUCUUUGAAUAAUCGUGUAUCAAAACACUUGAGUAACACCAUUUGACCGUGUAAAAGUAAUGCCAAAUAUUGUUAGCAAAUUCUGAGCAUCAAUUUUUUGAUUUGUUUAACGUAUUUUAAGCAAUAAAAGAAUUAUGGCCACAAUUCCACCCAUCACUAAAAUAUCUCCAAAGAUAAUCAGGAUACUGGGAUGCAACCCAAGUCCUAUGACGUUGCAGGGAACAAACACAUAUCUUAUCGGUUCCGGAAGGCAGCGAAUUCUGCUCGAUGCUGGAGAUCCCAACGUAACCGAUUACAUAAGCCAUCUCAAAAGGGUUAUUAUGGACGAACGUAUUUUUAUCAAUGAUAUUAUCGUUUCGCACUGGCAUCAUGAUCACGUUGGCGGCGUAGACGAUGUCCUGGAUGCGAUCGAGAACGGAAAAAGCUGUAAGGUGUGGAAAUAUCCCCGGAACGACGCUCCGGAGCCGGUUCUGAAGAACGCCACAUUACAAGAGCUAAAAAACGGACAAAAAUUUGUGGUUGAUGGGUCCACUUUGGAAGUGAUUCAUACUCCAGGGCAUACUACAGAUCACAUUGUGAUCUACCUGCACGAGGACAAGUCGUUGUUUAGCGCUGACUGCAUUCUUGGCGAGGGAUCAACCGUUUUUGAGGACCUCUACGAUUACAUGAAAAGUUUGCAGCUGAUCAGUAAUAUUAACCCUUCCGUUAUUUAUCCGGGUCAUGGCAACAUUAUAAAUGAUCCAAAAGAACGCAUUACCAUGUAUAUUAAUCAUCGCAAUCAGCGAGAGGCACACAUUUUGGCAGCAUUGAAGCAGCACCCCGAGGAAACCUUUGAUGAAAUGCAACUUGUUAAGCUUAUUUACAAGGAUACGCCCGAGCAACUUUGGCCAGCGGCGGCGCUCAAUGUCAACGUUAUUUUGACCAAAUUGUUCAAGGAGAAAAAAGUAGCGAAAGAGAAUGCUGGAUGGAAAUAUGGUCAAACAGCGUCGCUUUAGUUUUAUUUGAUAUUCCGUCAACUGGGGCGAACUGUUUCGCUCAAUGUUUUUAAGAGCAAGUCCACGAGCAAAACCAUCUCGGAUCGACCUCACCAAUCUGCCUGAAAUGUUCAGGAGUUGUUUGUACAUAUAAAACUAGCAUCUGGCCAAAAAAACUAGCAUCUAGGCUGGCGGGAAGUGGGGCAAAUCAAGACACAAAGUUUUAUAUUUCAAAAACGUCAAAAAUUUUAACCCUCUAACGCCCAUGGUUGCAUCAGAUCACGCCUAAUUUUUCACUUCAAAUUGACAUUUCUCGAAAACUAUUGAGUGAAAUGAACUCAUUCUUCCUGCACAGUGUUUAUUAGGAUGUUUACUGCAUCCAACUUGAAUUUCAUUCAAUUUGGCCAAGUCUAUAAAAAAUGGCAAGGAAACACGUAAAAAUCUUGAUUUUGCUGUGGGCGGGAAGGGGUUAAAAAAGGUGUAGCUUAGGCAAAACUCAAUUAAAUUUCAUAAUUCAAAUUCCCAAUUGGUUAAAUCAUAAGGGGUGUACGGAAAAAAGCCUUCCCGGAUAAUCGAAUAAUUAUAGUUUUACUGUUCAUUACCAAA